GCAUUGAUCCUCCUGAAUCCAUCUGAUGUUUUGAAUGCCUCCGUAGGCUCUGAAAGCAAUAGCCUACGUUACCCCAAAUGUAAACACAACCGUGAAUUUACUCAUGGUGGAAAGGAAUUCUGGAUAUCUAUUACAAAGGGCCGGCAGCGCUUUCACAUGGACAGUAUGGAAAAUAUAUUAUAUUCAAAUGUGGAAGAUAUUACGACGGAACAACCAGUUGCGGCCUAGCUAGUUCGCUAGUAAAUUAGCUAAUCCCCGACCUCAAUUUGAAACCAAAACUGGAUCGCAGUACUCGUCUGGUGGAUUUCGUUCGCACAAAAAGGAACCAGUAAACCGACAACGCUGUCACACGGUUAUUUUAUCUUUCGAUAGCAACUGAAACAUACAAAGCAAGAUAACCUAAAUUAACAGUAAUUGUUAAAGGACAACUGGGUUGUUAGGUUAGCAAGCUGGCUAGCUGCACGACAGAACGAGGAUUCGUACUGGAGACAUGCAAAGACCAUUUGCGCAUAUAGUCAGUUAAGUACAAAGCUAUACGUUAAACAUUUCAAUGGUUUGUUAGUUUAGACGUAUAAGAUGAAUUUUGUGCAGGAAACUUGGUUUCACCCGGAAUUCUAGCCACCUAGUAUUACCAUUUAGUUAGCUAGCCAGCUAUAAUUGUAUAGUUGGCGAGUUAACUAACGUUAGCUACCUUUUCUCCUCGAAAGGAAACUAGCUCCCACGUGGAUACACGUGAAAGUGACAAGAGUGAAUUUUAAAUAUAUAUAUUUAGUUAUAUGCAUUCUAGCUAACGCUAGUUGCAGUUAAAGUGAGUCAUGUCUCUAGUUGCAUACGGUAGCAGCGAUGAAAGCGACACUGAAGACACGCCGGUAUCUUUCGAAAAAGGAGGCAAAAUUUCAGGACUUUUUGCAAGCCUCCCUGCUCCAAAGGGAUCUACAGAAUCUCCGGAACCAGAGGGUCUGAAAAGUACUGGACCAAACAUUGGAAUAAAUCUCCCUCCCCCGAAAGAUAAUGCGCGUAAUUUCAGUAGCUCUCAGCGAUCAUCCUCAUUCUUAUCAAACACAGAGCCUAAGCAGAAUUUGGAACCCAAGAACGAAGAGGAAACGGCCCCGGGUUCAAGAGGGUUACUGUUAAAUUUACCGAAACCGAAGAAGCGCACAGAGCCUGUGAAAAUUACCAUUCCAGAACUUCGGGGAGGAGACUCAGACUCAGAUGAGGAUGAACCAGUGAGCAAAAAAGUUCCUACCCAGGCCUCGGGUGGUGGUCUCUCCUCUCUCCUCCCACAACCACGAAAUCUGGUUGUCAAAGAGACCCAGCGGGCCUUGGUUCCACAUGCCCUCACCAAACGCCCUCAGGAGCCGAGGGCCCCCGCCCGUCCUGCCGGUGUUGCACCGACCCCGGGUGCCAGCGCCUCGCCCUCCGCCAUCAAGGCUGCCGCCAAGUCAGCGGCUCUGCAGCUGGCGCGGCAGAUGGCGCAGGAGGAGGAGGGCAGCGACGAAGAUUUGGCCCCCGAAAACUACUUCUCUCUCCCUGAGAGCUCUCAGCCUCCCCCUGUCCUCCCCACUCCAGAACCAGACCCUGCCAUGGCCUCUGAGCUGCCCCCUCCCCCUGGGACAGAACCGCCUUUCCAGUCAGAUGCCCCCCUGGAUUUCGCUUCAGUCCCUCAGAAUUACCCAGGUGCUAGUGGGGCCUGGGAUGGCCAGCAGCAGGAGUCGUUCUACCCCCGGUACCAGGACCCUGCCAGUCACAGCCAAGGGCAGGAACAUUUCUCUCAGGACUACUACAGCGGGGGCUACUAUCCAGAGCCUGACCCUGGAGUGACAGAGACGGAAGAGCCUGGAUCCUCAUCUCUUUUCGAUGAUGAGGCGUUCCGUCGACUUCAGGGGAAGCGGAACCGGGGCAAGGAGGAGGUGAAGUUCCUGGAGAUCAAAGGGGAUGACCAGCUGAUCGGCAGCCAGCAGUGGAUGACUAAAAGCAUGACGGAGGAGAAGGAGCAACGCAAGUCUUUCAGCAAGAAAAAAGGAGAGCAGCCUACAGGACAGCAGAGGCGUAAGCACCAGAUCACAUAUCUAAUCCACCAGGCCAAGGAGAGAGAGCUGGAACUGAAGAACAGCUGGGCAGAGAACAAACUGACCCGCCGACAAACACAAGCCAAGUACGGCUUCUAGUGGCUGUUACUGCACAGGGAGGCAGGUCAGAGGGUGGUCUAUGGCAGGGGUGCACAACCUUUCUUUAAUUUUUUUUUUUCAACAACAAAAGCAAGUUGUGGCUUCAGACUAGCAAAGGGUGACAUAUCCCCCCAACACUUGUGUGUACCACCUUACUGAACAUACAUUUAUACAUGUUUGUGAGAGAUUUUGUGUGAGGAAACCUGAAAAAGCAAGAGUGUUUUUACAAAAGGGAUAUUAAAAUAAAGUAACUCCGUGGGAUUUAGUGUGAUGCCAGCUUUGAUGAUGGUGUAAAGCUCAAAUGUGGUGUUGGCUGCUCUGAGCGCUGUGUACAGAUUGUCAAGAGCAAGUCUUGUAUACAUAUGAUUUGUGUUCAGCCUCACCAGGGAGCGCUUUUGCCUUUACAAACAAAUGCUGCCGAACAUCGAAUUUAAAUGUAGCGUUACUCUGCUCAAAUGUGAAAACCGCUUAGUGUUCAGAGGUUGGGCAGAUUCAGGAAGAGGUGUUUGCUCGUCAGUACUCUGAAGCAUUUGGUCUAUUUUGAGGUUGACAAUAACAGAUAUCCUAGUGGCAUCUGAGGGAAAAGUUUGAAUGUGGAUCAGCCCUUCUGAAAUUGUGUAACUUCCUGUUUGCUCCAAGAACAUGUGGAUGGCAGUACCACUCACCUCUUGUUUUAGCUGGCCUCUUAUGAGAGGACCACUGGAACCUUCAGCUCAAAAUCAAAGGCACACACAGCUUCAGACUGACUGCUGAACUUUUCAGCUUCGGCUUCAUCUUCGGACCUUGGUGUCUGGUUUAAGUUGGUUAGGAAAGCCUCUUCCAACCCUGGAAUGUUUCUUUGGUGGUCUCACAGAAAGGCCAUUUGAUUUUUUUAACAGGUAGAGCAUCUUUUUUAAUAACUCCUUCCACUCAUCCAUCUCUUAGAUGUGAUAUUCAGGAUUUCUGUAUGCAAUAUUUUGAAAAAUUCCUGAAAUUUCCCGUAAUUUUUACUUCGAUGAAUGAACUCACCAGAGUAUCCAGUGUAAUCCAUUAGUUCUUUAAACUGCAAAUACUUUGCAGGCAGCAAGUCCUGUUGAUUCAGGGGUGCUAGUUUCUUAAGACAGCCUGGUUCUGUGUGCUUUUUUAAACAAACAAUGAAGCCGACAGCUGUUGGAACACCAUCUGUAGCUAUGGCCACCUUUGAACCCUCAACUUGCUUAUCUUCCAUGGUUUCAUCUGGUGCAGCAGAGAAAUCUGCAAGAUUACUGGCUUUGCUUUUAAUUUGUUCAUAGCUUUCAUGGGAAUAUAAUCAUGUUCAUAACGCAUCAUUGCAUGGUCAUUCUGGAAGGAUUGGGUGUUGUCUCAGAAAGACUGAUUUAACUGUGUAGCUUUAUUGUUAGGGAUUUGAUAUUUUUUGUUCAUGUUUCAACCUGGCAAAUAUCAUAUUCCUUGGCAGCUGCUGCAUAUGAAGUCAGUAUUCCUGAGGUCAUAGUACUUGAUGUCCUUAAAGAAAUUUGUCAGUCCUCACGCUGGAUUGAACUAUUUGGUGGUAUCUGCCUUCAGCAGAGAUACUUUUCUUCAGCACAGGAGUUCAAUGGGAGGAUUUUGUCAAGAUACUGUUGCUGUUUUGUUGCUUUUUCCUAAUGGAUGGUGAUGAAGCAUAAAGUCGUCUCUGUAGUUGCACUGUGCCACUGACUUUACUUACUUUUUAAGUGAAUAAUAUUAAAACAGAAGUGAGCAUAUGCAGUUGUCAGGAGUCUACUGUACUGUAAGUUGGCUACUAUCACUUUAAUGUUACAAGAGUGUCUUGGAAUACAUUUCACAAGGAAGACUGCACUAAAACCCAAACAUGCUAAGUCAAAGUGUGCUUGCUUGCCUAGGAAAUUAUUUGGGACUUGCUGAGAAUCAAAAAAAAACAGGGAACACCACUGCCUAUGGGCAAUAUGUUGUGCACCCCUGUAGUAUGGUUAGCAGCCUUUAAUCUGAACACUCCCCCAAGAACCAGAAUGGUACGCCCCAGACAAGUUACCAUAGUGCACCUUGUUACACACAUCCUUGGAGAUUUAGACUUAAGAAGUGUUACUUCCUUUUGUUACCCUCCCUUUCUUGGAUUUUUUGCAAACCUGCGCAUUAUUGGUUUAUUUUUCUGUACCAUGGUAUUGUAUUUAGGACUGUUUCCCACACACAGACUCUUGUCAUCUGUAAGAUUCUGGCUUGGGUUGAAAUGUCUGGAGUUGUGACACAAUUUUUCAAAUGGAAUUUGCCAGGGGAUGUAUAAUAAAGUAUUUCUUUGAGACCAAAUUUUACAGUGUAUUUAAACUGUCAUUUGUAAGGAAUUUCUGUGGUUACCACCUUUAUGCUGAAAGCAGCUGUGUGGAAUCAACAGUUAAAUUUGCCAUGACCAAUUCAGAUCCAUUUG